AGGGGCGGGGAGCAGGCUGGCAUGCAGACUCUCAAUAAACACCGAAGUAUUUGUAACAUUACACUAAAGAAUAUCAAUUAUUGUUUGAGCAGUCAAAGGCACCGAAACAACUGCAGACGUCUGCUCAGAAAAAACUCCAGCAGGAAAAUACUUUUUUUUCUUCCUCUAACGAGCAGCUUCUCUGACAUUGCGAGCGGGAAGUGGAGUUUGUUGUGACUGGAGCUAUGAACGCGGACAUGGAGGAGCAGGAAGACGAACUGCUCGCCCUCAAGAGUAUCUUUGAUUCCGAGGAGUUCCUCCGGGAUGAAUCGAAAUCUGCCGGAGAAAUCCGGGUAUCUGUUGAGCUCCCUGCGGACUUCACUGUGACUCUGAAAGAAGGUGAAACCCUGAGGCAGUAUGAGAUAUCAUUCCUUCCACCUUUGCUUCUGACCUUUGAACUACCUGAGGACUACCCGUCCUCCUCCGCUCCCUCCUUCUCCCUCACCUGCAGCUGGCUGACACAUACACAGCUCUCUGUGCUGGGUGCUCAGCUCACCAGUCUCUACCAGGCCAUGGGGGGCGCUGUGGUGCUCUUCACCUGGGUGCAGUUUCUUAAAGAAGAUGCCCUCAGGUUCCUGGACAUCCAUACCCUGCUGGAGCUCCCCUCUGAUGAACCCAGCACCCAGUACGAUAGCCAGGACUCAGGAAACGCUGCACUCUCAGAGCCAAAGAACAAUCAACACAUUCCAAAGUCAGGAGCCACAUAUAGCCAAAGUCGUGCUGUCUUAGACCUUUGUAAACUAGAACUCUCUGCACCAUCCUUGGAAGUUGAGCAUCCGAUAGGGAUUCUUGCUGAUGGCCAAGAUCCUUCAACCUCGGACUGGAGCAGCACAGACCCAAGGGAGGCUGAGCAGACCCUCCCAACCUCAGAGUUUCAGCCCGACUACCAGAAUGAUCUGUCCUCAGUGGCAGGCAAGUCAAAGCAUCCUCCAUUUGCUUCGUCAGAUCAAAGUGGCCAAGAAGAUUUCUUAAAUGACGGCGAUGUGUCAGCCUCACUGUUACUUCCCCCUGGCUCCUCAGACCCUCUGGAUCAAAGUGAACAAGGAGCUGCUUCUCUGCCCAUCUGCCCAAGAGAAUCCCCUCAGAAUGAAGACCGAGCCCGCUCGGGUCUUUCGCUAACUCCGUCCCAAACUCUCCUGUCCCAGCUCUUGAUCCAUAAUGCGACUCAGACACAGAAAGCGUUUUUAGCCAAGGUGUUUGACUGUGGUGUGUGUUUUGUGAGCUUCCUGGGUUCAGACUGUGUCCAUUUGCCCGAGUGUGGCCACAUCUUCUGCAAGGCCUGUCUCACCAAGUUCUGCACGCUCCAGAUAACAGAGGGCAACGUCAAGGGUGUCACCUGUCCCGAGGCAGACUGCUCUGCCACCCCAACACCUUCACAGGUGAAGUGUCUGGUAGGGGAGGAGCUGUUCAGCCGCUAUGAUCGUCUCCUGCUACAAUCUACUCUGGACUGCAUGGCUGAUGUGGUGUACUGUCCUCGACGUUUCUGUGGUUCGGCCGUCAUUGUGGAGAAAUCCAGCGCUGCAGCCCAGUGCUCUGUGUGCAGCUUUGCGUUCUGCGUCAACUGCAGGAAGACCUACCAUGGGACAGAUGGGUGUCCGGAAAAGAGGAACAGGAAAAUACAGGAAGCACAGCAAGCCAAUGCAGACCUGCCACAGUCACAAGAGGGGUUGAUGGCUCUGUGGGACGACUAUGCCAGUGGCAGUAAGCAGAGGCAGCGCCUCCUGGAGACCAGGUACGGCCGCAGUAUAAUGCGGGGCACUGUGGAGGAGUGUCUGAGUGAAGACUGGAUAACCUUCAAUAGCAAGAACUGUCCUCACUGCUUCAGGAAUAUACAGAAGAACGGUGGAUGUAACGUAAUGACGUGCACUCAGUGCAGUCAGCUGUUCUGCUGGAUGUGCCUCACCAGACUGCCAACAUCUCAUCACGGGAAACACUUUGAAAACAGUGCCUGCUCUGCCUACCAAUAGGCCCUUUUCACAGCUGCCAUUUUGACAUGUCACAUCAGGGUAAACACAGGUUUAAUUGAUACACAUUAAUUAUGGUCCCAUUCUGUUUAGUGCGUCACGUUCAUUCCAGUGAGCCAGCAUGCACAAUACCAGGACGAAAUACCACCUAAAUGCAACAGGGCCAUCAUUAAUGUGAUUAAUUACACCUGUGUUUAUCCUGCAAUUGAUAUGUCAAAAAGGCUUCUGAGAAAAGAGCCUAUAGUACCCAACUUGGUGCUUCAGCUACCUUUACCGCCACCCACUGGCCACCGGCCAUGGAGGGAAUGACGUAAACAAAUGUUGCACAUGGUAUGCUGUGUUCAGUUCAGUUUGAUUACUAAGUGCACUUUUAACAAAUACCUGACAAUGCACAUAAAUGCUGAUUUUAACUUAAGAAAAAAAUAUGCAAUUAGUAUAAAAGAAGCGAUAACGAUGUGGAACAUCUCUGCCAAAUAGUUAUCAUAUCAACACAGUUUGAAUCUGGUGGUGGAAUCAGAUCUAAAUCAUAAUAACGUAUUCCACAAUAAUUCAUCAUUAUUAAUUACUUUAUUUUGUAAUGAUAAUCGGAAGCUGCAAAGUAACAAACAGAUACAUUUAGCAGUGUAAAAACAAUAUUGGUUUCCAAAAUGUGGUGGUGUAUAAAGUAGCAUGCAAUGGAAAGAAUCAAGUAAAGUACAAGUACUUCAUAACUUAAUUUGAGUACUACUCAAGUAGUAAAUGCACUUUGUUACUUUCCACCUCUAGAAUCUGGACAGUAUAAAUAUUGUAGGAUAAAUGGCUUUUGCUACAGACGCGCCAACAAAUAAUUUUGUCACAAUUCAUACAGAAAAAGCCCAAAACACAUGCAAGGUCCGUGCACAAAGUAUAAUUAAUUUGCCAUUGUUCACGUUGUAUAAUGUACAAUGUCAGUUUAGGGGUAUUACCUAAUGUCAUUGGUCUACUUGUGCAAAUAUAUCAUCAAUUUAUUUAUUUAUUUAAGGCCUCUUAAACUUUGAAUGUUUCAGGCUCUAGUGUUGAGACGUGUGAUGAGUCCGACUGUUAAAGGAGUUGAUUUACAUUGAACUUUGACUUUAUUGCUGCAUGGCUCUGUUGUCAUGACAGUAACGCCACUAAACUAUGUAACAUCCUUUAAGAUUAUUUACUGUUUGCACUUUUAACUAUUCUACAUAACAUUAAAUAAAUAAAUAAAUAAAAAGGAUCAUUUUGCAGGAUCAUCCUCUGGGCUGUGUACAGAGUGCUUCAACAUGACUUUCCACCACAUAAAAGUCACUAUCAAACAUACUCACACUGAUAGUGCCAACCCCCAUACUUGAAUAGCAUGUUCAAUACGGCAGUCUGCAACAAGGUGCACAUAUCUAUGCAACACUAGUCUGUAUUACAAUACUUAUUAACAAUAGUAAUAACAUAUAAAACCUACUUUUACUCUUCAAAAUGCUUAACUUUUAACAAAUGACAGAGGUUUUCUACCUGUGUCUGCUGCCCGUUGGCAUCAUGGUUACACAGAUUUCAGGCGAGCCAAUCAGCUCCUUCCAAUCUAAAAACUCUAUUUCAGACUCGUUUGUUUCUGUUAUCAAGUAGUACUAAUCAUUAUUAUUGCAGCUUCCUUGUUAAAUGACAUUUGAUUGAUUCAGUGUAGGCAACGCAGAGAGACUGCACACAUGAAAAGCAAAAUUAAGUUGUGCAAUAACUUUAUGAGAGAAAGAUUAUAACAGCUGGUUCUGUGACCUCAGUGUUUAUCCACAAAUGCAUGUGUCAAAGCACGAGUUUCAUGCUAAACCUCCACAUGAUGGCAGUAUUGUAACUUCAUUCACUUUUUAUUCACUGCUAUAUUUUUGGCAGCAGAUGGCGCCACAGUCUCACUUGCAGUACUACAAGUAUGACGGCCUCUUUUCUUCUUCCAAACACAAUCAUCCCAUCUCCCCAAUUAAGCAAGACAACACUGUGCGGGGUGAAACUGCAACAUUAACUCUGCUGACUGUGUUGAGAGUAAGACAGUGUUGUUUGCAGCCGUGACCUCAUUUCACACGUUUAAUCUGUUGCUCAUUGUCAGUCAGGGGGAUAAGUCUGGGAGCAGGAAGGGUGGGAACAUCUUCCUCUCUCUUCCUGUUACUGUCAUACGCCUGUGUGUGUUCAUGGUAACAAUCCAAAUGAGAGCUGGACUGAGAUUUCUAUCCAGUAGAUAGAAAUCUCAGUGAUAUGACACUGAUAUGAAACAGCAUCUCCCCACCUGCACCAAAUGUAUUUACAAAAUUCCCAGAUUAACUGAUGUGGUGUUUAAUUAUGAGUUAUGAGAAUACUAUAAAGGUUACUAAUGACUGUUGCUAAAUGCCACUGCUUAGUACCACCGUCACAUUUAUAUCACAAUGAUACAAUCUCUGAUAGCUGAAUAUUUGAAAGCACAUAAAUUGAGCCUAUGUGAUAAUAGUAAAUGCUAAAACAGUGAACACAUCUAUUUAAAGGUUGCAUUUAAACAUCUGCCACCGUAAAUCUCUAGGGUCCAUGUCACUCAUUUCUACUGAGCGUUUACAGUCGUAUACAAAACCACAGCACAUGUCUUACACUGUCAUGACCAAGGGUGGGUGCUAAAUAACAAAAAUGUCAAAACAGAUCCCUUUUAGUCAUAGUAGGAAAUGCACUUUUUAAUUAAAAAACAUACUUUGUCUAAAUAUUAAAUAGUGAAUGAUAAUGUAUUAGUGACAACUGUGUGACAUGCAUGUUUGCAGGUCUAGAUGCAAAAUGAAUAACUGAUGAAAGGAAAUCACCCAGUGUGCCUUUUUUGAUGUAAGUCAGUGUGUACCAAAGCCACAUUUCAUCCACAGUUAUGAUUAUUGUACCUAAUGGUUCUUAUUUAUUAAUCAGUCGACCAAUUGUUUCUAAGAUUAAUUGAUUAAUAGUUUGGUGUUUCAGUUUACUUUUCUGUUAGACAAUUUAUUGAUUAAGCAAAUAGUCGUUGCAGCUCCAGUACCCAAGGAGUCACUUUUUAGACCCUUUCAACUUCCUGUAAUGUACCGGUCAUUUGAUUCUCAAAAGUAUUUUAUUUUACAGCCCGUUAUAAAUUGUUCUACAAGAGUUUUAGCUGUGCAAAAACCUAACUGCUAUAAUGUUCUGAAGUUCUGAGACAAAAGUGUGCUGUAAAAUUGUAAAUAUAUAAUACUUACAGGGUGCCCGUCAAGAGUAGCAAACGUUUCUGCAAGUUCUUUUUGCAUUAUAGCAGUUUGCACACUUGUAUGCAUGCACAUGUUUAAAAGGAAAUACUUUGUUACUUUUAUGUUAGUACUAGUGUUUGACAUUCUGUUUUGCAUUAUUCUGUGUACCAUGUGGUUCAUUCAUGUACUGCUGCUGUGACAUGCAAACUUCCCCCGAGGAUAAAUAAACUAUCUAUCUAUCGAUCUAAAUUAUUUUUCCUUUUUUUUUUUUUAUAGCAAAUGUCAUCCAAGUAAGUAAUGUCACGGUAAUGUUUGAGUAUAGAAUCAAAAGGUUAAUAAUGAUAAUCAUAGAUAUUCGUUGCAAAGACUGCUGGGAAAUAUUUUAGCCUCAAUAUCCUGAACCUUUAACACGUUAUAGGCAUAUAUUCAGCCACUAUUCUUCAGAAAUGCACAGUACAAACACGUUUUAAUGUCCUUCAAAUGGCACCCUGCAGCUAUUUGUUUGCAGUUUUGCAUCUACUCACUGUUUGACUUUCUGUUUUUACCCCCCACCCCUCUUCCUCCACUGCUUUGUUUUAACAGUGGAACAAAGACCACUGACAAAAUACUGGCACUCUCUAUUUCUGUCUCUCUUUGUGUGUGUGUUUGUGUUUGUGUUUGCGUUUGUGUGUCUCUUCCAGGAAUAAUCCAGUUUCCACAGAGGGGUCAUCUCUUCCUCGUAAAUGUCUAAACAACUGUUUGCCUUACUGACACAACAGGGCCUGGAUGACUGGAAUCGGAGAAGUCGGCAAUGUGUCUGUCGUUGUCAAGCCUCUAUUUUUGUGGUACAUGUGAGAUAUAAAAUACAAAUUAAAAAAAGGCAUUCAAAAUAUAUAUAUAAUUUAUAUAUCAGGGAGCAAAGCACAUCAAUUUUAACACCCUAGGAAAAUGACCCGUGAGUAACCACGACUUGGGUGUGUGAUGCAACUACUAUAUGUCAUAACAUGUAUAUUGCUGGGGACCCAAGAAAGCGCAGUGUUGAGUGAGAAGUUGUUUGUAUGAGCGGUUCUCCAGAAAGCUGCAAGCAGCAACACCAGGGGCUAAGCACUGGGCCUGUUCAGAACAGGCCCAUGCUUUGAACGGGCACUGCAAUAUAUCGAAGUGCCUCCUCUUAAUGCCGGUUUGAGUUGGAAUCAGGCAUAUUUUGCCAAACACUUACUGUAACUACAGCAUUAGUACCUUUAUACGUUUAUUUUGUACUGCACUAAUACAGAAGUUGGACAGACAUCAAUGUGCCAGCACUCAUACUGCUGAGUACUGGCCAAAUUCAAGCACUGUUUUCAUAGUUGAAAAUAAGAGAAAGAACCAUCCAAAGGCAGAUAUCCAAAGUUAAACCUGAGGCCAGUACACCACAUUUCAGGCAAUCUGUUGAUAAGAUUUGUGAGAUAUCCUGCUGACAGUCAAACAAACAAACUACCAGGGGCACAAGAACAGCUUUUGUGGCAGAAGUAAUAUAAUGAGUAAAGCUUGGCUAUCAGUGCAGUGGAAACUAGGCUACUGAGAGCUUCUCCUCCCCGAGAGACAAUAACAGCAUCAACUCACAGAGUGGUUAUUUCCCCCAGAGCGCUAUGAGCUGAGCCAUGGAAGGGAACACAUGAGACACACAUUCACUGUAAUAAUCAUCAACUCAGCUUGGUCAUUAAUAUCAUCUGCACGUUUAUUCAUCUGUCAAAAAACACACACAGCCUCAGUAUAUCAGUAUAUCAGUCGUUCAGGCAUCCAUCCAGUCAGUCAGUCAGCGGUAUAUUGGCAACAUUGAUUAGAGGCACUGAAAGUGUGCUGAGGUUUUCACAGAGGGUACACCAGUAUAUACUGCCCUGCAGGGGGAGCUACUAGGGGGUUUUGGGGCCCCUGACAGUAGAUGGAGGUGAGGGGUCCUGAAUUCUGUCAGUGUAAAAGACUGACUCAGUCUGUAGACCAGGAUACAUGGGCUUUCAUGUGAGACAAGCGUCCCCUAUGUUUUGAUUGAGUGACAACAUUAGAAAUCUAUACAGCUGAAGUGGACAAGCACAUUCUAUAUAUGCAGAAAAAAACAGACAGUUUUAAAGGAAUAGUGUGACAUUUUGCAACAUAUUCUAUUCUCUUUCUGGCCAUGGAGCUGGAGCCAGGAGGUGCUUAGCUUAAAGACUGUAAGCAUGGGGGAAACAGCUAGCCUUGCUCUCUCUAAAGUUAAACAAUCUGCUACCAGCAUGUCUAAAUCUUCCUAAUUAAUUAAAUCACACACUUCUUCUUCGCAAAGUUUUGGCCUCUUUUCUAAGUACUUUAAGUAAUUAAUGUCAAUCUCGGCCAAAUACUUGAGCAGGUUGUUGUCACUGCAAGGUUGCCAAAAAUAGCUGCACUACAUACCUCCACCUGACACCACAGAGUACACGAGUGAGACCACGAACGAAUGAGACACGUGUUAAUUAGUAAGCUUUUAGACCAUAGACUGUUUAUAUUAAGAGGACGUAAUCAUCGUGACGUAACCCAUUGGUUUGUGGACUACCGUUAUGAACCCCCUAGUUCGUCAAUUUUUUGUGUUGCCAUCUUGACUUUUUGCAACCGGUGAAUGGAAAUUACUAUAUUUGGAA